UGACAUCUCGCGCGUUCUUCCUGGCUAUUAGCACCCAUCUAAAGACGACACCCGUUUUGCCUGCGACCGCGUAGGCUUCUGGCGCUACCUUCUCGACACGCGAUGCACCUCGCCUCCCUCCAGCCGCUCUUCGUCCUAGCGACCUUGACGCUCGGCGUAUCGUCUAUCGCUGUUCAGGCUCAGCCGCGCGCCGUGGCGUAUGCCGAUCCUACCGCCAAUGGAGGGUCGAUGCUCGACGAUGCAAAUGGCGGAAUCGGCGCACCGGACCUCGGCGAGCCGCUGAACGUCAUUAUCUCGGGCCUGAGCUCUCCCGAUGUGCUCACCGACUCUGGAUUCCUCAACUACGUGCAGGCGAUCGGAUACUCGUUCGAAUGUCUCGGUCUGCACAUCGGAACUCCGCAGACUGCCAAUCUUGGAGACGGAAAUGGAUGGGUAGCGCAAACGGUCGAAUAUCGCCAAGACUACGGAAAUUCCGACGUCGGCACGUGCCUCGAAAGUUUGAUCGGCGGGGAUCAUUUCCGCAUGUACCGGCAAAAUGGAUCCGCCGCAGACACUGGCGCCCUGUUCCUUGCUGUUUCCAAAGAAGAACCUGCUACUGAGAACCACAACAUCAUUCCCAAUGGAUAUGACAUCGGCCGGGAUCUGUUCUCCGCUGCAGCCAUUGGAACGAACAGUCACGGCGGAGUGACAUACACCACUACCGGAACCAACGUGACUGGACUGCUCGCGGCCGGGUCGAACGGGGUCAAUCACGGCAUUGCGACGGAUGGAAUCACGACCUUGCUUACAGUUACGAUUGUCUGAGCCAUUGGUUAUUUACUGUAAUCACCGGAACUGAAUGUGGAAAGUGCAAGCUGUCACUGAGUUUGGACGGGUGAGCAUGCGGCCGCACCACGCCACUUCAUCUCAUCGUUGUCCAUUGAGUCUGGCUCCCACGAAUGUCUGAUUUCCUCCAUCGUGAGAAGAGAGUCGCGGCUAUAACAUCCCACACUGUGCCUUGCCUCAGCAGAUAACUGGAUUCCCUUCGCAAUGCAUCCCAGUGUGCACCCGAUCUUCCGAAGUGCUCUAGUCCGCGUCAUCGCUGCUCGUGCCCUCAUUCUCGCACUCGUCCUACAUAUCUUGGCGAUGGAAACCUGGAUUACAUGGGAUUUCUGGGGCACAGAUCGUUCUGUCUUCAAUAACUUUGGACUUUCGGAUGAUGCUUUUUGGACCGGGGGGAUGGUGCUCAUGGUUUUUCACCAGGGGUUCAGGUUUGAUCAUGCCCGCGAGCAGACUGGAAUCUGCGUCAUGACUUUUCUAGGCUGUUUCCGUUUAGAUAUUAUCUUUGGGUGAUCGACUUCCUGGUCAUGGCGCUUGAAAUCGCAUGUGCGUUUGAUCAUCGACGACAUCGUUACAGCUCUUAGAGCUCAUAUCAUCCUAUGGUCUCUAAGAACAAAAUGUAGCCUUGGGCCUAUAGAAUACUCCACUGAAC